AUGACUUUCCAGAAUAGAGGGGAUGAGGAUGAAAGAGUGCAAUCUUCGGAAAGCGGGGGAGCCCAGCAUGAACAAGUAAUCCCAAGAAACCAUUCGAACCCGCUUACUCUAGUUCCAUCGCUUCUUCCGGCUGUUGGUUCAGGUUAUGGCCUCAGCGAUAGCAACAUCGCCGGAUUUGGCUCAGUGGCAGAGGAGCCUGCAAAUGCGGGGAACCAUUACCCGCCAUCAAGUACUGCAUUGCAUGACCCUUUCCAAUGGGAUGCUGGACAUUGGGCCAAUCUCAACGCAUAUGGUUCAUCCUCUAUGCGGGAAACCCAGCCUUCUAUGCCCAUGUCGACUAUGAACUCUGACGCGAACAAUUUCUCUAUUUGGGAAUCAUCCUUUCCCAACGUUCUCCAGUCCCCCACAGAUUACGGUGCAUCUUCGUAUACGCAACUCUUACCCAGCGCCAGUACUACCUCGCCGUAUCAAGACAGUUCGUAUCCAACAUCGACGUUUCAAGCAGAUGCUAACAUCGCUCAAUUCCCUUACCAAAUGAUACCAGAAACCGAUCAGAUCCAAGGCGAUCAAAACAACGAAGCCAAUGCGCUUGUCGCUCAGCUUCCGGUCGGCCCCUUAGGGAUUGUUGACGAUAAUCCAGCAACUAGCGCGAGUAAACGGAAACGUAAGAGAGUGAAGGCCGCUCCGCAGCCUAGCACGACUAAGAAGACGGUCGCCACGAGGAAACGUCUUGCGAAAUCGAAUAAACAGGAGCCAGCACCUGCCAUGCGCGAGCCAUCUAACUGUCUUCGAUGCCGUGUAUACAAAGAAGAUUGCGAUGAAAAUACUCCCUGUUCUACCUGUAUCAGGAAGCUGAAGAAAGGAGGGCGCAUCUGGAAACAACCUUGCUAUCGCGGCUGGUUGGGAAACGUGGUAGCAUUUCGCUUGAGCAACUCUGAUCUUGGACAAGUCCGUGCCACGUACCCUGAGCUAGCUUGGUCAGCAGAAGACACCAAGAUUCACAAGGUCGUUUUCGGAUAUGCGUUCCCACGAUCCUACGAUACACCCAAGUUUGUGCUUGAUUGUCGGAUGUUCAAACCUACACCAAAGCAGCGAUUCGACACAUCUUCCAUGACUGAUAUCGUGGGAAAAUUCCUGAUUGAAUGUCAACCCAUAUUUCAAGAAAACAUCUUGACGUGGGAGACUGAUGAGAUUCUGCGACUUACGUAUGCUGAAGCCAUCCGGUUUGCGACAAAACAUGAGAGUCAAGCUGUCCGGCAAGCACUGAGAGUGAAAUCGUUUGCUUCACAACAAAUUGAUCUCCUCGAUACCGCGCUUGGUAUAGAAGUCAUCCACGAUCCGAAUUUCUUCUUUCCGGGGUAUCGCCCGCUACCCAUGUAUCUCAUGUACCAAUGCGACCUCACCAUCAACCUGGUCAUCGAUGUUGCUAAACAAGACGCCAUGGAACAACUAAACUCUAUGAUAUUCUAUCAAGACCGAUUCAAAUGUUGGUUCGAAGUUUUCCUUUGCGUUUUUCUUGUACUGUGGACGAUCGAGAACGCGUAUCUUUGGCAGGUUAAGCAUCAAGGCCAGCUUCUUGAGACUCAACGAUUCGCAUCCAUGAGUUUUGUGACAAGACUCAUGCUGGAAGAAUGGGAUAACUCAGCCGAAAACCUCCUCGAACACUUUCGAGCCGUCAUCCGAGGACAUUUACCAUUCUCAGAUGACGGAGGGAAGAUGGUGGACUUAGCUGAACUUGAUCCAGAGUCGUCAGAAUAUGUGAAUCGGAUUCGCAACCUCAUGCAACGACGGCCAGGUACGUGA